AUGUCUAAUCUACUGGAAAAGGAACAUUUCAAGUUAAGGAAACAUACUCGAUAUUUGACAAUCCAUCGAGUUGUUGAACAAAAGAGUUGGCAUCAACUAGCCUAUGAGGACCGUCUUCGAAGGGAAAAUCGAAAAAUACCAAAGAUAUGUCGAAAAAAUUUUCUUCGCUGGCAUCUAGAACAGUUGGAAGCAAGGAAAAAAAUUAGAAGAUUGAGAGAAAAGAAUCAGGAUGAGAGUAUCUAUGUGGCAAAACAAUGGUAUUACGUUCUGAAGAAACAUCCAUUGAAACCAAGAAUUGAAUGGAGUUAUCAGAGAGUUCAUAAAUUGAGUUCAAAGAAUGAAAGAAUUGCUCAAGAGUUAGAAGAAUUGAUCGAUUGCGCUGAAAGAUAUGCGUUGAUUGAGCAUUUAUCAGAUGAAUUUCGAAAGAAAGAACAAUUAAUAUUGAUGAAAUUAAAAAAAAUAGAAAGAUAUCGUUUAGAAGUGAACAAUAACAGAGAACUUCUUCUCAGAUCUCAAUCUUUGGCAGCGAUGAAAAUUCGGAUAUUUUUUGAGCACAGAUCUACUAUCAAAUAUGAGUUUCAGUCAUCAUUCAUUGCAAUCGAAUGUAUGAUAGUAGACAGAAAGUUAUGGGUCAAUUCCGAACAGAUUCGUUUAUUAUUGAAAGAACCUAUCCGUGUAAUGUGCUCGUUGGAAAGUGUCCGAAUGUCAACUGAAGAUUGUGAAACGUGGCAAGAGGAAGCAAUGAUGAGUGUGGAUGUCCUAUCUCAUGAAAAUAUUUCAAAUCAUCAGUUCUUGCAACCAUACGCAUUUUUGGUUGACGAUUAUAAGGUAUCACCAAAGUUAACCGAAGAAGAACUCAUAAAAAUGUAUGACGACUCAACACAUCUCCAAAUCCGUCUGACGAAAGCACCAAAAUUUCUCACUGUUCGUUGCUUUGUUCUUCGUUUGGAAAGUGUAUGGACCGAGAUGGAACGACGAAUUCGAAGUUUUAGAAAUCAAUUGAAAAUGGCUAUUAGAAGAAAAUUCACAACUUUACUUAAUAAGUUACUCCACGAUUUCCGGAAAUACGAUCGAGCACUGCAGUAUCGAUCAAUUGAUCCUUCAAUGAUGCUCAACAACAAAGCACAAGUUGAUUUAAUGCUUCAAAAUGAAAUAGGAGACAGUGCCAGACAAUUUGUAGAUGUUUAUGAUAAAGUUUUUGAGAUAACACAGCAUAUUUCUCUCGACACUUCUCAAAUGGAUACUCUUCUUCAAAUUGCGUCUCUUCGUCUUUCUCUUCCACAAUGCAUUAAUGAUCAUGCUCAUUUCUUUCAAAAACGAAUAUCUACUUUUCUGCAUUUUGUCAAUAAAAAACAAGCAAAAGUGAUGGCAAGUGUCCAAAAAGCCAUGGAUAAACUCAAGAUUGUACAAACAAUGGGGAAUCCACAAGAAGUCGAAACAUAUUUGACACAAAUGGCAAAAUUGAGACCAAUGCUUGACAGUUUAAUAACUGAAAUUGAGGACUUGAAUAAGUUUGAAAAAGCGGUGGAUAUCCAGGUGUCUGAUGUGACAAAAAUGAGACUUUUUGUGGGAGAAAUCGAGUCGUUGCAAAGUUUAUUCGUGGCGACAAGUGGGUAUUAUAAGCAUGUCAACGCUUUCUUUGAAUCUCGCCGAACUCUUGUAAAUAUUGAUGCAAGUAGCAACUUCAUCGAACAGUUUACAGUCCAAUUGUCUGUUUUUGAGAGUUCAUUGGCAACUCAUAGAGCUGCAAAACAUUUCAUUGCAUACGCACGAAACGAGGUGGACACAUUCAAAAAGAAUUUCUCAGUUGCCGAAGUAAUGUCCUGUAGACGUUUGUUGGAUGCUCAUUGGUUGAGAAUGUCAGAGAUUGUCGGAUUUGAUCUGACUCCAUAUGCUAAUAGUUCGAUAUCACAAAUUUGUGAAUUGGGUCUGGAAGCACACCUUCAACAACUAAAACCAAUAGCUUUUUCUGCUGAAAGAGAAGCAACUGCAGCUGAUCAAUUACAUUCAAUCGUAACAUUUUGGAGCCAAGAGCAUCUGGAAAUGAGAUUUCACGUUCAAUGGAAACUAUCUCUAGCUGUCAAACUUCGAGAUCUGCACAGUCGAGUUCAAACGGAUUUAAAUACGUUGAAACAUAUGACAAAUGUUGAACAGAUAACAGAUGAUUCAUUACCACAAUGGAUUGAGUGGACAUGUCGAACAGAAACAAUUCUCAAAGCAUGGUGUGAAACUCAACAAAAAUGGAUGCGAGUUGCAAAUAUUUUCGUAACUUGUAGAAACACUUUACAGAAAGAAUACGAAUUACUUAGAACUUGUGCAAAAUACUUCAUAAAAUUAGAAAGAAAUGUUGUGAAAGAUGCAACUAUAUAUCGAGUAAUGCAGCUACCACAUCUUCCGUGUUGGAUAGAAAAGAUUCGAAAAAUGGUCGCUGUGAUAAUACAAGGAGUUCGUGGACUUUUGGAUGGGAUGAGAAUGAUUAAUUCAAGGCUUUGCCUAUCUUCUGAACUACAUCUUCUCAACUUAUUUUCAACGACUUCCAUCGAUACAAGAUUACAAUUACUACUAAAAGAUUGUUUUCCUUCGCUGAGAAGAUUAUGUUUCAAUCGAAGAAAUCAGUUGGAAUUGGUGGAUUUAUUAGGAGAGAAAGUUAAUGUAGAUCUGACAAAAACUGAAAUUGAAAACCAAGAACCAUGUGAGUUGAUAAGAAGCAUCGAGACUGCGUUUGCAUCGAAACUGACUGAUAUAAUCACAUAUGAAAGACAAGAUCGAUCAAAAGCAGCGAGUAGAAUCGGAGCAAAUGUUGGAGAAUUGAUUGAGACAAGACAGACUCUUGACCCAUUGUUUCUCAGCAGAGUGGAAAAAGCGUACUAUAUUCAACAUAAAAGUGUCCAACGUCAGUCCCUUCUCACUGUUGAUUUUGUUUAUUCAAACGAAACGAACCGUUUCAUUCCGAAAAGUUUGGCAGAUAACUGGAGCAGUGGACACAUUAUUCUUCUUAUUGGAGAAGUUUGUUCUACGAGAUCUUUUGUUUUGAAACUAUCUAAUUGUUUGUGUUCGAACCUUCGAAUCGUCAAUUCUCAUAAUCUUCUGGAAUCUGCUUUUCUCGAGAGAUUAACCAAAUGUAUUCCAAUGACAAAUUGGUUUGUUCUGCUGGAAAAUGUUGAUUUACUGACGUCUCAAAUUGCAUUCAACCUAUUCAAAAUGCUAUCAACUCAAACUGUUCCAUUCCCUCGAUUAUUCAUUUCAUCAACUGAAGAAAUCAAGAAUCAACUUCCGACAGCAAUUGCUAUUGAACAUCUGAGAACAACUUCUGAACAUUUGGGUGGAUUUCGUGAUUUAAUCGAUGACCAACACAAAUCAUCUCCCUCGUUCAAAUUUGAAACAACUACUCCUUUAUCAAGUGUUCGAUCUGCUUCGAUUCCAACUGCAUCCAGAUUACCAGCUCAAGGGAAUCCAUCUAUCCAACCACCGUCUUCUCCACAUUCUUUACUUUUAGAGAAACUAGGAACACGAAUUAGAAAUAGAGAAAUAUCAGGAUGUGUCGGCCCAAUGGCGAAGGAAACACUGAAAGAAACUCUUGAUCAUUUUGCUGAAAAAGUGGUUUGGAUAUACAUUGACGUCUUUGUUCGUGAUCAAUUGGUUGUUCACUCUGAUGAGUUUGCAGCUUCUCCAUCUGGAAUUCUUUUCGAAGUACUUUCUCCAAAUAUUCAACCAUCAAAUGGAUCUGAAAGUGAACGGAGUUAUCACUCAACUAUUUCCACGAACUCAGUUUUUAUCAACACAAUAGUUGUGUUCUACGGGUUCUCAGAAUUCUGGAAUAUAUUUCCAUUUAUUUCUCCAUUAUUCCUGAAGAAAAAUGGAUAUUCAUCUCAAACUCCUCCAUUUCUGACGCUUGACGAUGGCAGUACAUAUUGGCCACAAGAGAAUGUUCAAUUUUUGAUGUGUAUUCCAGAUGAAGAAGGUUUUCAUUUGAAUACUGUUAAGAAAUUUGAUAUUCCAUUUCAUGUUGUAAACGAAAAUUUAAAAAUGAACGUUGCAAGAAGUUGGAGGAAAAUCUGGCAGAGAAAGUAUACAGAACUGUUCAAUAAAAUCUCUCUUAUCGAAAUAAUGGAUGAACUCGUGGAUCGUAUUCUAUCACCAAUGUCAUCAUAUUUCUCUGAAACUUUUCUAUGGCCUUCGACUCUGUUUCAAAUAGUCACUCCAAAUAUGGAUCGUCUUCUAUUCUACAGUAUUCGCCUCCUCAGUUCUGGUCAUAAUAUUCUUGUACAUGGACCGCCAUAUUCAAGGAAAACAAUGUUUGUCAAAAUGAUUUCAAAGUUUCUUUCAUCAAGUGGAUCAGAAGUUCAAGUUGAAUUCCUAUGGUUAGAUGGUAAAAGUCGAGUUGGAAAUGACGUCGCACAGAAAGUAUUUGCAAACAUUGUGGAUACUUGUGAGAAAACACAUCAGAGUAAACAGCUGUAUAUCGUCAUUGAUCGCUUCUCAUUCACCGAACCACUUCUCCCAAUUAUUGAAUUUUUCGUCGAUCACAAAACAUUUUGGAAAGAUGGGAAACUUUGUAAAUCAGAUGCACAGAUUCGAAUGAUAAUUGUAACAGAUGAAGAAGAUUACGCGUGGCUUCACAAAACAAAAGCACUUUUCUCUACUUUUAUUGGUAUUGCAAUGCCUCCUUCAACUAAAUUUCAAGAUCAAAAGCCAUUGGUUCAAAGCUUGAUUGCUGCCAACUUCACUGCUAAAUCAUUCAGCUCUGAGUAUCAUCAUCAUUUGGAGUCUUUUUCAUCUUGUAUUGUUGAGAUUGUCAAGAAACCUUAUGUGAAAAACUUGUCUUCGAUGGCACUGGCGACCCGUCUGGCCAAGUCAUUCUUCUUUGCUUUCCCCGAUAACUGUCCCGAUCCAAAUGCUCUUCUUCGUCUGUUUAUUCAUGAAUCAGCACGAGUAAUUGGGAAUGCAAUUGAUCCAUCGCAUCGAUCUAUUUUUGCACAAGAAUUCGAAGCACUCAUCGAUCAGAAUUUCAGUACAACUCAACAGGCAGUUCUGAAACAUAUCGCACAAAUAUCGGAUAAUGAGGAGGAGGAGGAAGAACAAGAAGGAGAAGAAAAAAGAGCUUCAACGAUAAUUGAUAUGUUUGAUUUAAUAUAUUCAGAAGUAGAUGCACACGAUGUUGUUGAUGGAUUGAGUUAUGAACCAGUCGUUGAUAGAGUUCAAUUCCAAAGAAGUAUUGAAAACUUUUUGUUUGAACAUCAUCGAAAUCAUCCGAAAGAUAGAAUCCGAUUAUUCGUUGAUUGGGAAACAAGUGGAUGGGUUCAAGGAGUUAUGAGAGUUAUAAGACAGGCAUCAGAGCAUAUGGUAUUGACUGCUCCGCCGAAUAGUGGAAGAACUCAAGUGGUUAAAGCAGCAUGUGUUGCUUGUAAUGCAACGAUGACACACAUGCAAGUGGAUGCAACAUGCUACGAUACAUUCAUUUCAAGAUGGGAAUACGCAUUAAGUCGAGCUAUUAAUAUAAUAGCAAAUACCAAUCAACAUGUUGUUAUUUUGGUUCAUCUCGAUUUUUGUUACGAAAAAGUGGAGCCUCGGUGGAUGGAACAAAUCAAACUUUGGAUUGAGUGUCCGAACACCCAACAUUUGAUUUCUGAUGAGCAACUACACACAAUGGGAGAACAAUUGAUUGAAUGCGAAAAGAAUUUGGCGACACAAAUGCAAACGAUUGGAUUGAGACUACCGGGACAAAGAAUGUGCAAAUAUCUCCCAGUUGAAACAUUGAAAGAACCACAAGCAUUGAGAAAAGUGUUGGAAGCAAGGAUAUUUGAUGCCCUUCAUGUUAUGUUUCUUGUUGAUCCACAGUUCAAAAGUGACUUCUCUUGGUGUACAAUAUUUCAUGUCCCGGCAAUUGAAAAAUCAGAUUUACUUUCAAAAGUUUCAAAGAUUAUAUCGGAUUGCAAAGUUGACGACGCUGCGCAGAUUAUUGUUUCUACGUUUUUCAUAGCUGGUCCUGGGGCUCCAGCUCCUGAUCCUUGUCCUGGGGCUCCUGGUGCACCGGCAUCUCCUUGUGGUCCUGGGGCUCCUGGAGCUCCAGCUGGUCCUUGUGGGCAUGGUUUGCAUGGUGGUGGAGUGAUUGGCUCACAUGGUUGUGCUGGUGGGCGUCCUGGGUUUCCUGGAAGUCCAGCGGCUCCUGGACGUCCUGGUCUUCCUGGCUUUCCUGGUGUUCCAGCUGGUCCAGCUGAUCCUGGAAGGCAGCAUCCGGAGCAUGAUCCUCCUUGGGAUCCGUGGUUUCCUUGGUCAACAGCCUCAUCAGUUCCGUAUCCAGCUUGA